GGUUGCGUUGUGGCAACACACGAGAUUCAGAUUCCGGAAUUGAAUUUACCAUUUUGCCCGUGAAUUAAACCCACAGCGAUGCAUCCCGAUCUCACGGAGCGCAUUCUCCAGCAGCUGGAGACCGCCGACAAGGUGGACACCCUGGACCUGGCCGCUCAGUUCGGCGAGGACCACCAGAAGAUCGUGGGCGCCUUGAAGAGCAUUCAGGCGCAUGGCGAUUUGGUCACCGCGGAAACGGCCACCCACAAGAGCCUGGGCCUCACGGACGAGGGUCGCGCCGUCGUGGAGCACGGCAGUCAUGAGGCACUGGUCUACGCCGCCAUUCCCGCGGAGGGCAUAGCCCAGGCUGCCCUGAUGGCCGCCGGCGGAGCAAACGCCAAGGUGGGCUUCAGCAAGGCCAUGUCCCACGGCUGGAUACUGGUGGACAAGAGCGUCAGUCCGCCGCUGGUGCGGCGCAAGGUGGAUGCCAUCACGGAUGUGGUGCGCCAGCAGCUGCAGCAGGUGGCCGAGGGCAGGGGCGACCAGUUGCCCGCCAAGGAGGUGGGCGACUUCAAGAAGCGCAAGCUCCUCCAGGAGACGACCACCAAGAGUUUUGUCCUCUCACGCGGCCCCGAGUUCGCCACCACUCUGACCAAACUGGAGACCGAUCUCACCGUGGAAAUGCUCGCCAGCGGCCUGUGGGAUCAGCUCAAGUUCAAGGCCUACAAUUUCGAUGCCUUGGGUGCGCCGCCAACGCGCGGACAUCUGCAUCCGCUGCUCAAGGUGCGCACCGAGUUCCGGCAGAUAUUCCUCGAGAUGGGCUUCUCCGAGAUGCCCACCAACAACUACGUGGAGUCGUCGUUCUGGAACUUCGAUGCGCUCUAUCAGCCGCAACAGCAUCCCGCUCGCGAUGCCCACGACACGUUCUUCGUCAAUCAUCCGGCCAGGAGCCACAAGUUCCCGCAGGACUAUCUGGAGCGGGUGAAGAAGGUCCACUCGGUGGGCGGCUACGGGUCGAAGGGCUACGGCUACGACUGGAAGCUGGAGGAGGCGCAGAAGAAUCUGCUGCGCACUCACACGACAGCCGUGAGCGCCAGGAUGCUGUACAAGCUGGCCAACCAGGAGGGCGGCUUCAAGGCGGCCAAGUACUUUAGCAUCGACAAGGUGUUCCGCAACGAAACGCUGGACGCCACCCAUCUGGCGGAGUUCCAUCAGGUGGAGGGUGUGAUCGCUGACGUUGGCCUGACGCUGGGCGAUCUCAUUGGCACGCUGUACGAGUUCUUCCGCAAGCUGGGCAUCACGCAGCUGGAGUUUAAGCCCGCCUACAAUCCGUACACGGAGCCCAGCAUGGAGAUCUUCUGCUAUCACCCCGGCCUGGCCCGGUGGAUCGAGGUGGGCAACUCGGGCGUCUUCCGGCCGGAGAUGCUGCUGCCCAUGGGCCUGCCGGAGAACGUGAACGUCAUCGCCUGGGGCCUGUCGCUGGAGCGGCCCACCAUGAUCAAGUACGGCAUUAAUAACAUCCGGGAUUUGGUCGGACCCAAGGUCGAUCUGAAGAUGGUGGAGGAGGGCCCAAUCUGCCGGCUGGACCACGCUUAAAGCCGCCACAGCCCCAGGAUCUGCGAUCAAAUUGCAUUUUUUUCACAACACGAAUGUUCCAAAAAAUAUUUAUAAAUACAAUUUCCACCACAGAA